GGUGGCGGAAGUGACGUCACGCGGCGGUCAGGGGCCGGCCAUUUUGUGAAGGGAUUUUAUUUUUCACUGCGUCAUUGUCGCGGAGUGUCCUGAGUUCGUUGUUCAGAAUGGGUUCUCGAGUGUUCAUCGGUAGACUGAGUCCUCAUGCUACAGAGAAAAAUGUGGAAAAGUUUUUCAAAGGAUAUGGAAGAAUUAAGGAAAUUGAUCUGAAGAAUGGCUUUGGAUUUGUGGAGUUUGAAGAUUACAGAGAUGCAGAUGAUGCAGUGUAUGAGAUGGAUGGAAAAGAGUUGUGCAAUGAAAGAGUUACAGUUGAACAUGCCAGAGCACGCCCUAGAGGAGGACGUGGAGGGGGCCGAUAUCAAGGUCGAUUCAGCCAACGUUGGUCCCGUGGUGGUGGUAGUGGAGGCAGAAAUGGACCUCCAAUUCGUACAGAAAAUAGAGUAAUUGUUGAAAACUUGUCUUCCAGAGUUAGCUGGCAGGACCUCAAAGAUUUUAUGAGACAGGCUGGAGAAGUUACCUUUGCUGAUGCACACAGGCACAAACUCAAUGAAGGGAUUGUAGAAUUUGCCUGUUACAGUGAUUUGAAGAAUGCACUUGAUAAGCUCUCUGGCACUGAGCUUAAUGGUAGAAGGAUUCGACUGAUUGAAGAACGUAAGCAGUACAGAUCUCGCAGCAGGUCCCGUUCCCGCACUCGCAGUUCUUCCAGAUCUCGCAGUCGAUCUCGCAGUCGAUCUCGUUCCAGAGACCGCAAGUCUUACAGUAGAUCAAAGAGUAGAAGUCGCAGUAAAUCACGUUCUCGUAGUCGAUCGCCUGCUCCUGCAAAGGAAUCGGAAGGCCGCUCCCCUUCACCAUCCAAAUCACCCGUGUUGGCAGGGCGUGCAAGAUCCCAUUCCAGGAGACGGACUCCUUCACGGUCACCAUCUGGUGAAAGUGCUGACUAAAUGUUAUUGUCAAUAGUGGACUUUUACCCCCAAGUGAGUGAAAGUUGAUGUAAAGUACAUGGUAAGUAGGAAGUGGUGAAUUUGUCAAAGGAUUCUAGAUCUUUGUCUACUUAAAUGCAUAUGUAUAGUUAUUGGAAGUAACUUUGAAUUGAUUACAAAUUCAUUUUUUUAUUCAAUGAUUUCUUUAAUUGCUUAACGUGCAAUUUUCUUUUUGCAUUGAUUUCAUUAAUGGAUCUUUCGUUUUCAUCUAUCUGUAAUAUUGAAUGCAAUUGCAUAAAAUUGUUUCUGUUGUGCAUCCUUUAAAUAAAUAUUCAACAAAGUUAUGAUUAUCAAACCUCGCUUGCAGAUGGUCAGUGUUUUCUAAUUGCUAGGUAAGUUUUUAUCAAAGUUUCAGAGCAAGUCUUCAAUAUGCAAUUGGGUUAAAAAGUUACCAUAUCUUGUAAUGUUGAAUGUGCAUUGUUCUUUGAGUGUGGGAAAAUCUUGCCUUGUUUUCUCUUAUAGCUCUAGUAUUUUUAAAACACUUCUUUUCUCCUAACAAUUGUCAUGCUCGAAUAGUCAUAGAUUAGUUGUUUACUGUAUUUGACUAAAUGCAUUUUUAUCUUCCCAGGUAGCUUUACCAUAAACAUUUGAAUGUGUGACAACUAUCAGCAUCUUCGCAUUUGUGCUUUUCUUGGUAUGCUUGAGAUGCACGAGAAUAAAUUGUAGUUUCCCAUGUCUAGAUGAGGUAGAAGUAGAAUUUUUGAUGUCAUGCAAAACAACAGACAGCAUUUUUAUUUCUAAGUACUGCUAGCAUUUCUUUGCUUUCAAUUUAAACGAAAUCCGUUCAUUUCCAUUAACAUAAACAAACAUGUUUCAGUUUUAAAAGUAUACUACAGAGGAACCUAGAUUAUUUGAACAUCGAUUAUCUGAAGGAUAUCUUGAGGUCCCGAUAGAAACAUUACAUCAAAGACGUGAUCAGCACUGAUCGUGUCUUUUGUUUAGUGAUUUAAAAGUGCUGCCAAGAUCAAUCCUAGACUGGGAGCACAGGCGCUCUCUCUAAAUGACUGACCUCCCCAACCCCCAAAAAGCAGUAGCAGCAGUCUUGGUGUCCAGUCUGGCUGCCCCAGAUCGGGCACAGGGGUGGCUUUGGAGGGGCAGGGUGUGCACUGUAAUGCUGCCUUAUCUUCUGUACAGGGAGCAGACUUUAUAGAAAACUCUGAGCCUCAGGAUUGAAUCAAUUUAACAGAAUAAUCAGUUCUCCGAACGAAAUAGGGCUUGCCCAUCUCGAUCGGAUAAUCGAGGUUCCUCUAUCUUCUUUGGGUCCAUCUCUUUAUCUUUGCUGAACUAGUUGAUCUUGGCUAAAUAUUCUUCCCAAGGAAAUAGUAUUUUACGCUGUGUGGUGUAGCUAUUUCAAAGGUGGGGUAUACAGAGAAGCUAGUUUCCAACACCCAAGCUAAUGCUUCAUAGGAAGUUGUUUUGGUUAAUAUUGGUCCUUUAGGGAGGUAUUCAAUUUCGCACAGCAUCCUGAAAGUACUGUUAUUUUUUUCAAUCUCUUUUGAUCUGUUAAAAUGAAUGUAUUAUAUAUGUUGCAGAUUUCCAAAUAAAAUUUAAUUAAUUUAGAAUGAGAUUUUGUUAUGGUUGACUUGCUCUGCAUUUAAAAAUGUGGCAAGUGGUUCAAAGUUUUCCCUUGUGCUCUGCAAAGCAGCUUUUUUUGAGCUGACCAGGUUGUUUUUGUAACCCCCACCAAAAGAAAAUCCUGUAUCGAAUGUGGAAGAAAGCCAUUAAAUUGAUGUCCAAGAACAGCUAGCACAUCAGAACAAUUCCUUUGACAUCAUUAGAUAUCAUUGAUUAUGGACAUCAGGUAGAAUGAACGUCAUACAUGGUGAUAAAUGAAUCCCACCACCCUUCCAAUAGGCUGGAAGACUUACAGCCUCUUGCAACCAUCCAUAUGGUGCACCGCUUAUGUGACAUGCAAAGUCUGUUUGAUCUUAUCCAGUAGACCUUUUUGUCCAUAUUUCAUUCUGACUUAAAGCAGCUAAAUCAGUGAAAAUCUUUUCAGUAAUCAUUACUCACCCUAUAUGUGAUCAGUUCAUUGUGGAUCUGUAGCUGCAGCUUAACAAAAUACCUCUGACAUCAGUAGCCAUUAUGUCUGUAUUUUCUGCUUAAUCAACUCUAAAACAAUGCUACUUUGUCUCUGAUCUUGUGUUAGUUAUUAAAUCUUUGAUCACGUUCUCUACUCAGUAAGAGCAUGUUAAGAACACAUUAUGGGGCUGAUUAAGGAUUGUAUUUCCUACGCAGUUGAUUUUAGUGAUAGGCCUGUUGAGCACUAUUUAUAACAACUACUGAUGAUUUGAGUAAGUUAGGACUGAAAGGGCAAUUGGUUGAAAAUCUCAACAGGAAAACACAUUUUAUUUAAUAAACCAGUUUGUGUAAACUAUUUAAUUGAGCCAUGCAAAAGAUGAACUUCAGCUCAUUGAGGGCUGAUCUUUUCUAAAAUAGAGGGGGGAGGGAAUUCACUGCCAGUGGCUUCUGAAAGUGUUAGUCACAGUAAGUCUUGCAUACUAAUAACUUGCUAUUCCAAGCAAUUCUAGUUCAUCUGUGCACACAUACCAGGACUAAAGAGUAGCUAUUUAUUUAUUUAUGAAGAAGACUUAUCAUCCUUCUCACCCAUUUUAUCAUCAGUCCAUUAGAAGUGAAUGCCAAAAAUAAGUUAAAUGUUACAUUAGUACUUGACAUCUUCCUGCCAUCAUAGCCCACAUCUGUUAGACUAGUUCUUUUGAAGGGCAAUCCAAUUAGUGCCACUCCUUUUGCAUUUAACCCACAUUCAGGUUUUUUUUCCCCUCAAAUAUUGAAUGUUUCCAACAUCCUGAGAGGUACUGCACAGUUCAGAUGAAGCAUCAUACUUGUGGCCAGAUCCUUCACAAUACUGAAACGCAUCAAGAGUUGAUGAAAGUGUUUUUGAAUGACUAAUUUGCACAUAAGUUCUUGUGGGCACCAGUAGCAUUGUAAAGAAACUUGCAUUUCUAUACUAAGUGGUCAUGUCCCAAAGAACCUCGUUAUAUAAAUUUAUAUUUUUCUGAAUGUUGACACACUGGCUCACUAAAGGGCUCAAGUAAUUUAUAUUCCUCGUGCCACACUUAAACAUAAAGACAUUCCAGAUAGGUCAAUUAUUAAUUAGCAAAGAUUGGGGGUGGGGUGAGUCUGUCAAGAUGGGACAUGUUUUUCACAUUUGUUAAAACAUAUUUUGCUAUGUGUACUUUAAUACCAAAAUAAAAGGUUCUACUGAAA